AUGCGUCUCGAAAAAUGCUGGUUCUGCUCGAGCACAAUUUAUCCUGGUCAUGGUAUCUGCUUUGUCCGCAAUGACUCGAAAGUUUUCCGUUUCUGCCGCUCCAAAUGUCACAAGAACUUCAAGAUGAAGCGCAAUCCGCGUAAAGUAAAAUGGACAAGGGCAUAUCGAGUCUUACAUGGAAAGGAUGCGUCCAGCGACUCAGUGUUCCAAUUUGAGCGAAGGCGCAAUCGUCCCGAAAGAUACAACCGCCAUACCGCGCAAAGCACCUUGCGGGCUAUGAAAAGGGUUGAAGAUGUCCGAGUUCGCCGUGCUGAAAGACUCCAGUUGAAACGUUUGAGCAGUAAGGAGCAUGGGCGUCGACAUGCCGACAAAUACGAAUUAGAACAACAGCUUCAUCUUGUACGAGCCGUUGCUCCGAUACCGAAGGAGAAUGUCGAAAAUCCAAGGGGCAGUGAACAGCUGAAGGUUGCAGUUUCUUCUUCACAACAAGACAGACAAGCAUCUUAUGCAUGA